CUCAGUAGACAUACACACAUUAUCGGUGCAGGAAAAGAAUUAAACACCUUCACUUAAAGUUCAGAGGUGAGCUGCAUUUGAAGAAGAACUUCAAGAAUGCCGAGUUUAGGAGGAAAGAAAAAGGACAAUUUGUCCAGAUUUGAAAGAUUCAUUGAGGACUUGCCACAGCUGAGCAAUGAGAUGCAGCUGAGCAUCAUGAAUAAGGUGAAGACUGGCGAACUGUCCAUCGACGACGCUCUGGACUUGGCCAGGAAGGAUCGGGACCAGUUGACUAAAUCACAUAAUGUCCCUGAAGAGGAACAGUUUCCUUCACAGUGCAACUUCAGUGUACACAAGCACGGACGCUACAGGUGGAAGAAGCGGGUUAUUCAGAUGGAUUUCAACACCAAAAUGCUGUGCACCAUCGAGAAAGGCAUCAUCAAACGACAACUUCCCUUCGCUAUAAUCAAGAGUUGUGAUGACGGAGUCGGUUCCAGAUUCUCUAUCUCAUUCAAAGGCCACCAUGAUUACGAGCUAGAAGCCACUUCAUUAGACGACAAGCACAAGAUAAUGCAGCUUGUAAACCAGAUCAUUUACAGGAACAUCUACAGUCAUGCUGAGGAAGGCAGUGCAGGGACACUCCGGAAGCCGCAAGCAUCACAAACACUCCGAGAAGGUGUCCUGAUGCUGCACAGAGGCGGACUGGCAUCAUUCAAAUGGGUCAAAUAUGAGGUCCAGCUGCACUCUGGUCAGCUGACCUUGUCACCCUUUAAUCGAAGACGCGGCGCUGAAGGCGAGCUGGUGUCCUCGAUGCCCGUAAGUAUUGUGAUCCAUCUGUCGGAUGGCGACACCAGUGUCAAGAAACCUCACAGUACCGAUACCUUCACCCUUGUCACACGCAAAAACGAAUACCACUUUCGAGUGCUCCCAUCAUGUCAGCCAACGGAGCGGGAUGCCUGGGUCCAGGCGAUUGACAAGUUGUGUUCGGACUGGAAAAGGAAGUCCAAGGAUGAACGCAUGUUUGCGGGCAGCGAAAGCCUCCGACAUCUAAGCAUAGCUGAAGAUAUAGGAGAGGACAACAAUAACUCAGAUGUAGAGACUGCUGGCGAGGAUGUUUGCCAAGACCCAAAUUCGGUUGGUGACACAAGGCAAUGUUCUCCCUCGACAGUUCCUGAUGUUGAGACGCAGACAACACUUGAUCCUACCCAAUCCCAUCUGGGCCCUCAGUCUUCUAGCACUGAGACUCCCAACAAUCUAGGAGACUCGUUAGGGGACAAAGUUCCUGACACUAAGUCAAUCCCCCCGCCUCCACCUUUACCUUUCACAUUCAAGAUCCGUCCAAGAAAGAUCCACACCAAGGCAUUCCAUUGGGACCUAGUUACCCCCGCAAAGAUUGAGAAAUCAUUUUGGGGGAAAAUAAGCCAGCAAAGAGUUGAAGUCGACACAAAACGUUUGUACAUGCAAUUCUCAGUUAAGAAUCUAGGGUCUUUCGGAACACUGGAGCCCAGCAGUACACAACACAUCAUGCUCAACCAGAAGAUUGCACACAACUUCAACAUUUUCCUCAAAAGUUUUGCGGUGCAGCCUACAGAGCUGAAGGACAAGCUGUUCAUCAUUAACGAGGAGGACGGAGGUCUGUCUGAUGAGCACAUCACCUCUCUGAGGAGGUACGUUCCCACUGUGGAGGAUGUGGAGAUGUAUAAAUCCUACAAAGGACCUGUGAGUGAGCUGCAUAUUGUGGACCAGUAUAUGAUGGAGAUGUGUGACAUUCCAUACCUGGGCGCACAACUAGACCUGCUGCUGACCCUGAGAGAGCUUCCCAUCAGCAUGAGGGACCUGCAGCCUCUGAUUGGCCAGAAGAUUGCAAUGUGCAAACAACUUCACACCUGCAAGUCAUUCGUUUCUUUGCUGGAAUACCUGCUGGCCAUCGGCAAUUACCUCAACGAGAACGCCGGAAAGGAAAAGGCCAAGGGAUUCCGCCUCUCAUCCUUAGCUAAACUGUCGCAGCUUCGCGGUCGAGAGCGGACUUUCACCUUGCUCCAUGCCCUUGUGGAACAGAUCAUGUUGCGUGAGCCGGGCUUGGCCAACUUUACCAACGAGUUGGCGGAAUUUGAAGCGGUCCCAGGAGCUUCUGUCAAAGGCCUAACUGCCGAGGUAGACGUCCUGAAGAAUGAACUGCAGAAAGUCAUUCAAUAUGGAAAAACCUUCAAGAAGAGAAAUGUUGGGGCACAUCAUGCACACUUCAGUAAAGACCUUAAGGUGGCAGUGGAGAAAUACAACGCAGAUCUUUUGGACUUGAUUAAGUCUUGUGAGGAGAUGAGGACGCUCUAUUCCUGCAUUUUGGUAAAAUUUGGAGAAGCAGUUGACCAGGACUCUCUGGAGCUGUUUGGCUUCAUCUGUCAAUUCAUUCAUGACUUCAAGAGAGCCCGUGCUGAUGUUAUGUAGAUGGUAAUGUACAUUAGAGUGAAUUAGAAAUGAGAGUGACAUGGGAUGAGAAUAUAAACCCUUUGGUGUCUAUCAUAUUUUCCCCUCAGUGACUUGGAUUGUCAUUUCAUCCACCACCCCUCUUCAAAAUUUUGUAUUUUUAAGUAGUCUUGCGAAUUGCCCGAUUUUAUUUAUAUCAAUUAGGACUGUCCCGAUCGCAUAUUUUGUCACCCGAGUCCGAGUCACCUGAUUUUGACAAUCUGCCAAAUCCAAGUCUCUAUCCGAUACCAGAAAAAAAGUUGUUUUUUUAACAAAAGUUCCAAACAUGUUACUGUCCCGCCUUCAUAAUGUGAAUUAUUUUUUUCUUAAACAAGAAUGAUGUAGAAAAAUAUUUGUCUUUAUUAUCUGCAGAGAACAGCCUCUCACUGACACAAUGAGUUGCCACAGCACAUUUAGCUAUGUUUGACAGAUUUGUACCUUUGAUCGUUGAGCUACCAAGCUUCUCUGGCAAAAUCAAACUACAAACCUGUCAAUCAUUGUUAGCUUUAAGUGCCAAACGCAAUCUGGACAGUUUGGUCGCACUGCUUAGCAGGAAGGAGGGUGAGAGGCUGUGGCGAUGUACGAGCGAGAGGCAGAAAAAUAAAUAUUUUUUAGUUAAUAACCCUAUCCUUUUCACCCGAUUCCAAUCCUCUGAAUAAUGGCACGAUCGGCCCGAUUUCCGAUCACGUAAUCAGAUCAGACCAUCCCUAAUGUCAACGUAUGUGAAGACUAAACAGAAUAAAGCUAGUGUUGGAUAAAUACAUUUGCACACUUUUGUAAGACUUAGUGUGAAAGAAGGAAAUUGUGUAGUAAAAUUCAUGCAAAAGCAUUUUUCCAAUUUUGGGGAAUUUUACCUUAUAUUUGGUCUCCAUUUUGCACUUUGGGAAAGAAAAUACUGUACUAAAUCCAUUGUAUGGAUUAAUGCGUUGUGUUGAGAUAGAUAUCAUUGGAGUUCAAUCUGUAUGAAUAAAUAUA